CAUCUUCUCACAUAUAGACAAUGGGGUUCUUCAGUAUCCCCUUUCUUCCCCUUUUAUUAGUUUUCAUUACUGUCUCACCCCUGUAUGUUUUCGCUGAAUUAAAAAAAUAUGAAUGGACCAUCAGCCAAAGAGCACUUGACCCUGAUUGUUUUGGUACGUCUUAUCCAGCACUUGUAGUCAACGGACAAUUCCCUGGACCUGCCAUCAGAGUGACAGAAGGAGAUGAUGUUGAAAUCAAGGUCCAUAACGAAUGUAAUGAACCUACCAGUAUCCAUUUCCAUGGCAUUCGUCAGUACGGUUCGGUGGAAUCAGAUGGUGUACCUGAUGUUACGCAAAAAGCCAUCCUUCCAGGCCACUCCUACACUUAUCAGUUCCGUGCCAUUGGUCAAAUAGGAACAUAUUUUUAUCAUGCCCACGUGGGUACGCAAGAUGAUACCGUGCAAGGUGCGUUCAUCAUCGACAGUAUAGAUGAAUCUAUUGUCAAUCCUUCCGAAUUGAUACUCCCUAAGGACAAUCCACAAUUCCGUAAUGCCAAUACAAGUACUUAUACUCAUCAUGAGGGUCCAUAUGGCUAUGAUGAUGAAUUCACGAUUGAACUGACUGAAUGGUGGCAUCAACCUCCCUUGCUCCGUGCUGAUUAUUACCUGGGCACCCAGUAUACCUUUGAUCCUGCCGCUGAUAGUAUCCUAUUGAAUGGAGUAACUGUAUUCCAAAAUGCCACUGUCGAAGAGCGCCAAAAUUGUCCUAAUCAUACCACCAUUGAUGUAUUACCUAAUAGCACUUACCGUCUGCGUCUGAUUGGUGGCACUACCUUCCAUACCUAUGGAUUUGCCAUCAAAGAUCAUGAAUUGACCAUCAUCGAGGUCGAUGGUGAAUUGAUUGAAGCUUACACUACCGACCAUUUGGAAAUCUCUCCUGGACAACGUUUUUCUGUACUGAUCCAUACCAGUGCCAUGGAGGAAACAUCAGAGGAUGAAGAUGAUGAUGAACCCAUAUUUGCUAUUGCUACAUCUUAUCGCUAUCGUGCCAAUGCUACUGGUCACACUGACAAUGGUUUUGGUUACCUUCAAUACGUUCUACCUUCUUCUCAGCCUGAUGAUGAUAAAAGCCGAAGUCAUCCAUUAGAUGCAAGAUCAAAUAUCCCAUCAUCACAUUCCUUACAAAAGCGUGCUGAAGUAGACGAUGAACAUGAUGAUGGAAAGUUAGAUGAUGAUACAGCAGAUGUUUCUGCUGCUGCUAGUCCUGAUGAUGGAAAGUUAGAUGAUGAUACAGGAGAUGUUUCUGCUGCUGCUAGUCCUGAUGAUGAUGUUGAUGAAGAUGAUCCAGAUGCGGUUGAUGAAGCCAAGCGAAAUGCCAAGUUGGUACGCCAUCCCAAGCCUCCCAAGCCAACACAUAUGGACUUCCCUUCUAUUCCUGAUCCCGGAAAUUCUCGUGAUUGGAUCUGGCCCAACUUAAAACCGUUAUAUGGAUCAGCCUUAUUGGAAGGGGAACCUGAUCGUACUCUAAAAAUGCGAAGCUGGGCCAUCACUUUACCUGACAAUACCACUCGUUACUUGAUCAAUGGUAGAUUAGCACCCAUGAUUUCCGAUAUGCAAGAAUCGCAACAUUCCUACUUGGAAGCAAAAUUAGAAUAUGAUGGAUUUGAACCCAUCGUUGGUACCUAUCCCAUUCAAUUAAAUGAAACCGUCGAUAUUGUCUUACAAAACGUACAAUCUGGUCAGAAUUGUGUUUAUCAUCCCUGGCAUACUCAUGGCCACUCCCACUACAUCAUUGCCACAGGUGAAGGCGAAUAUAUCCAUGAAUUGGAUAAAGAUAAACGAAAUUAUCCUCAUUCCAUUCUCAGAGAUGUGAGCCCUGUCUACCCUGGGCAAGUGGAUCCAAACACUCAAGGUUGUGGUUGGACAAAGAUUCGUUUACAUGCUGAUAAUCCUGGUCUCUGGGCUGUACAUUGUCAUAUCACCGCACACAUGCUAUUAGGAAAAAUGUUCUUAUUGGAAGAAGCAGUAGAAUACAUGCACGCGUACCGUAUGUACAUGUGAGUUGAUUCGUUUGCAUCUUGAAAUUUAAG